UACAAUCAGAAACACAAUUUUUUAGCUGUGUUUUGAUGACGUACUUCUUCUGGACUUCAAAAGUGGGCAGAAAGCUUGAAGAUGAGUCUUCCGCGUUGCAGCAAGCCAGAGAACAACCAGCAGCAAUAGCCCAUCCCACGAUAGAGGUCUGCGUUGCUUGUGUAGGCUGCUACAGCGAAAUCUACCAAUAGCAGAGAAAGGAGACGGACACCACAUCAGCUCUGUCAAUCACCUCUACUCCAUGGCAGGCAACCCUCUUCAAGCAUCUCAUCGCUUCGUCAACUCUCUUGGAUAUUAGCGUUUCGCCAAGUAACUUGUCUCUCCGAGUUUCAGAACUGGUGCACACAAACUGCAACUCUUCUUCACCACUGUACGACUGUAGCCCCUUCAUUAUUCCUGCCUGUCCAAGUAACAACAACAUGAGCCACCGUAAUAACAACACCAUCAACAACCCUCGGGAUAAGGUGGUCCAUAACUAUGUGGACCGGUCUCAAGAGCCAGAUCCAUCUCCUGAAGGCGGCGACGAUGGCAAGGUUGGCUUUGGAGAUCAAACCUUCCCAAUGAAACUCCACUAUAUACUCGAGCAAGGAUGUCAAUCCCAGAUCAUCUCAUGGCAGCCUCACGGACGCUGCUUCGUGGUCCACGACAUGAAAGAGUUUGUGUCUUCCAUGCUACCCCUCUGGUUCCGUCAAUCCAAGUUUGCCUCCUUUCAGAGACAGCUUAAUCUAUAUGGCUUUCAGAGGAUCACUCAAGGCCGUGAUAAGAACUCUUACUAUCAUGAGUACUUCCUUCGAGGACGACCUUUGCUAGCCCAGAAGAUCACUCGCACCAAGGUCAAGGGCAAGGGUGCUCGGAAGGCAUCGUCGCCCGAGACGGAACCACGUUUCUAUGAGCUACCCUGGUUGGAAGACAAUACUGCUCGAUCCAGUCAGCCUCAGGUUGCUACCGGUACGGUUCCAGAAGCACCACCCGUCUCGGCUGCUGCUAUUCCGCCACCUGCAGCUUCUGCACCAACGAUCGACCCCACCUUGGUGGCGCUGGCAGCAGGCACUCCAGCAAUGGCGGUGCCCGCAGUUCCUGCAUCCGCUCCAGCUGCGCCAUCCCUUAUGGCACCGGCAAUGGGACUCCCCGCCCCUGCAAUCACUACGAGUCUGGGCGAGGCUCUGGGAUACCUUACUUAUUCUCAAGCCUUGUCAGCUGCUCAGAUGGUAGCAGCAGGAAGUGCACAACUUCACUCCGCUCAUGGCGAAACACUGCUGCUCCCAGGUUUUACCCCCCAAGACAGCAGUGCCAACACCAGCAUGCUCAACUCCUUGUUGUCAUCCAUUGGAGGUGGCAACGCUUCCUCCACCGGUGCCCGUCAGUACGUCCCAAUUGCUCCCGCUCCUCCACGGCAGGAUGCUGGACACUACAAGCUUGCUGAUGCAAACAGUAGCACUGCCAACGCCGGAAGCACAGAGACUGUCUACGGAACAGUGUUGGCGGCUCUCAAGGCACAACAUCGGGUUGACUCGGGUGCUGCUGCAGCCUUCAAUGCUCACAGUGGAUCUGUCUUUACCAGACCAGGACCCCCUCCUUACUGAACGAGCCAAAGAGUCGGGAAGCGACAACACAGGGAAUGCAAUGCAGCCAACCACACGUACACUAGCGAAGUCCAUCUAUAUUUCUUUUUAUCCAUCUACCCUACCGUGCUACCAAGCCAAGAGCAAUUGUCACAACAUCUAUCUACCCUACAUGGAAAGACUUCAAUACUGUCGCUGAAACAGCAAGCUUUUGAACAAGCAUGCAUUCCUCAAAAACAAGAGAAGGAGCAUGCCCCGUGCUUGCAUGCCAGCAGACAUCACGCUAGCUAGUUUAAAUACCAAUGUAGCAAAAACACAUUGCAUCCGUC